GUAAGGAAUAGCUAUGGAAGGAGAAAAAUAGAAAUUAAUAGAUAAUAAGUAAAUAUUAAUUAAGUACUGUAAAUACAUAACCAAAACAAAACAGAAUCAAACAUAAAACAGAGAAACACAUUUACGUUCAUCAUGUUCCGUGUUUAAAAACCGCGUUAACAAAUACUCUUUUAAAGCAAGAAAGCAUUCAGGUAUAACCAUGUAAUGAAAACAAAAUUAUGUUUGAACACACGAAACGGCACAACCUGCGUGACUGGUCUGCUAAAGAGUUGGUCUGCGCUCGCGCCGCACCGGCCGGCGGCCGCGCCCCCAUUCGUCGCGAUGGCGCUCCGCUCGCAACUCCUGCGCAACUGUCUCAAUGGCACCCACACUCGUCAGUUCCACGAGCUCCACAAGGAACGCGCAGGAGUCGCCAAACUGCGCGACGUGCUGGAGGAUCGGUUGCGGGAUAUAAAGCGCGCCAAAACAUGGAAACACGAGAGGAUUAUUACUUCUCCGCAAGAUACUAAGGUGAGAGUGCAAGGUGCUGAAGGAGAGUUCCUGAAUUUCUGCGCAAACAACUAUUUGGGACUUUCUAAUCAUCCGGAGGUGGUGGAGGCUGCCAGAGAAGGCUUGAAGAAGUACGGAGCCGGACUUAGCUCGGUCCGAUUUAUUUGCGGUACACAAUCUAUACACAAGGAACUAGAACAUCGUCUAGCCCAAUUCCACAAUCGCGAAGAUGCAAUCCUAUACGGGUCCUGUUUCGACGCGAACGCUGGUCUCUUCGAGUCCAUGCUUACCCCAGAAGACGCGGUCUUCUCAGACGCUCUUAACCACGCUUCCAUCAUCGAUGGAAUCAGACUCUGCAAGGCGCAGAAGUUCCGCUAUCCUCAUAGAGAUUUGAAAGAAUUGGAGCAUCUCCUAGCUCACAGUGAAGCAAGGAUCAAGCUGGUAGUGACAGACGGUGUGUUCUCAAUGGACGGUACCGUGGCACCACUGAAGGGUCUGCGUGACUUGGCAGACAAGUACCGCACCCUUCUAGCUGUAGACGACAGCCACGCCACUGGGUUCUUUGGAGAAACUGGACGGGGUACUGAAGAAUACCUCGGCAUAAUGGGGGCCGCGGACAUCAUCUGCUCGACUCUAGGCAAGGCAGUGAGUGGAGCCGCUGGUGGCUACACGACUGGGCCUAAGGAACUCAUCACUUUGUUGAGAAACGUGUCGAGGCCAUACCUGUUCUCCAAUGCGCCACCACCGCCCGUCGUCUGCGCGUCGAUUAAGUCUCUAGAUAUAGUUGAACAAAGCGGAGAGCUCCGUCAACGUCUCCGAGAGAACACGCGCGCCUUCCGCGAUGGUUUGAAGUCAGCUGGACUGACGGUGGCUGGAGACGACCACCCCAUCUGUCCCGUCAUGGUGGGCGACGCACCGCUGGCUGUCGAACUUGCUGCCAAUAUGCUUAAGCAUGGUAUCUACGUGGUAGCGUUCAGUUACCCGGUGGUGCCUAAGGGCGCGGCGCGCGUGCGCGUGCAGUUAAGCGCUGCGCACACGCAGGACGACGUGGCGCGCGCUGUGCAAGCAUUCGCUGACGUCGCUAAGGAGAUAGGCAUCAUCAAAGCGUAGUACUGCAUCGUCGUACAUCGAUCUCAGGGCUUGUCAUAUAGAAUUAUUAUUCAUAUGUGUUCUGUAAGUUUAUUCGUUUUAAAAAUUGAAUGAUACGUUACAAAGUUGAAACAAAAUCUGUUCGUGAUGUAGUAGGUAAUUGUGUUUGGAAUACCUCGUUCAUUGCCAUUAGUGGUAACUAGAAAUUUUACCAUCAACUUAACAAAGUUUAAGUACUUAUUAAGUUGAGGUAGUCCUUCAAUUUACUCCACUUUUGGAGCCUCAUCUCUCAUCGAUAUCUUUCUCGAAGAAAGAUAUAGAACAUAAUUAUCAAAUAAAUAUAUUUUUCUAAUUAUUUGCUCUAUUUUUUAAUUCAAUUAUUUUAAAAUAAUUUUUAAUGCAUUUAUUUUUAUUUGUUUGGCUAGAUGCCUUGAG